GGGUCCUUCAUCGUGACAGCUCCUUCAAGCUUCAAGCAGCCUCAUAAGAAUUCGCCAAACGUCUCUCUGUUCUUCAUUCUCUUGUUUUCUGGUACGGAAUGUCUAACGAAGACGAUGCUCUGCGAAUCUCUCAGAACUUGAACGACAAUGCUGUGACAGAGCAAGAGCUUCCCCCACUCGCAACGGAUGACCCUCCUCCGCCUCCUGCAGAUGUCAAAAUGUCUGCAGAUGAACCUCCUAUGGAACAUAGUCCAUCUGGUCUAGAUGGACCUCAGGACAGACAACUUAACGUUACCGACGCUCUGACUUACCUUGAUUCUGUCAAGGUACAGUUUCAGGAUCGGCCUGACGUAUACAAUCACUUCCUAGAUAUCAUGAAGGACUUUAAGGGUCAAAAGAUCGACACGCCUGGUGUCAUUGAGCGCGUGUCAAAUCUGUUCCACGGCCACCCAAGGCUUAUUCAAGGCUUCAACACGUUCCUACCUCCAGGCUAUCGUAUCGAGUGCACCAACGAUGCGCUCAACCCCAACUUUAUCACCGUCACUACUCCUUCCGGCACGACGACGCAAGCCACUGACGGCCGCUUCCAUCUUGGCCAUCUCGAGCCUGAACUAACCCACCAGCAGAUACCCACGCCUGGUCCUAUACAGCCGAGCGAUGUUGAACUCGCUCCUGCCUUGUCUUACCUUCAAUCUGUUAAAGCUUGUUUUGCAGAUGAUCCCGAUAGAUAUCACAGGUUUCUGGCAUUGUUGUCACCGGGCAGGUCUCCUGCGUAUAUCAGUGACGAACAGACUGUGCAUAUUGUUGCAGAGAUAUUCAAAGACCAUCCGGACCUUAUGGAAGGCUUUUACCAAUUCUUGCCAAACGAGCGGAUACAACAUCAGGCUGCGGCCAAGCUCGACGAGAUUCUCAAUAGAACAAAAUCGGAGGGGAAAGUCUCUCGGAAGAAGGGUGAGAGUUCUACGGCAACGCCAACAUCUGUACCGCAGAAGCGGAAACGCAAGGCUCCGGAGAAGGAGAAGGAGCCAGUGGCAAAGGCUGGACCGAGCAAGCCUUUGAAACGUACGAAGCAGCAACACGGCGAAGCGCCUUCGCCUGCGUUGUCUCAAAGACACGCAGCCGUAUCUCCACGUCGUUCACACGCCCACCAGGUGGUUCAACAUCCAGCUCCCCCUCCCCCUCCAGCGUCUCCAUAUGACAGAUACGAUAGCCAGUUUUUUGAUCGCGUGAAGAGGGCGUUAGAUCAUCGCGAAACAUACAACGAGUUCUUGAAGGUCGUCAACCUAUUCACUCAAGACAUCAUUGACACUGCGCAACUGGUACGAGAAAGCAGAAAGUUCCUUGGCGAUGGGGAACUUCUGGCUCAGUUUAAGGAUAUCCUUGGGUUCGACGAACGGAGAGAGCGGUUUGCAGGUACGGAGGACGUCUGGACACGACCAAUGGGCGUACUAGAUAGGCCGAACCGACAACGCUUGUGCAAUCAGGAUGGGAGCUAUCGCAAGCUUCCACCAAAUGAAUCGUUGGUGCUGUGCUCUGGACGAGACGACAUGUGCCGAUCGGUACUCAACGAUGAGUGGAUAUCACAGCCAAACUUCACGAGCGAAGACUCAGGAUUCAUUGCACACAAGAAGAACGUACACGAAGAGGCCCUGCAUCGUAGCGAAGAGGAAAGGCACGAGUAUGACUUCCACAUUGAGGCUAUCAGCAAGACGAUCCUGCUGCUAGACCCGCUGAAUACGAAGAUCCUGCAACUGAGCCCUGAGGAACGCUUGAACUACAAGAAACCUCACCAUCUCAGCAGCGCGAAGAGCAUUCACCAACGGGUGAUCAAGAAGGUUUACGGUCGUGAGGCUGGUAUGGAGGUCUGGCAGGCUCUGCAGGACGUUCCUGUCACUGCUGUCCCGAUCGUCCUCGCUCGUCUGAAGCAGAAGCUCGAAGAGUGGAAGCGAGCUCAACGGGAGUGGAACAAGGUCUGGCGGGAGGUCGACGCUCGGAAUUACUACAAGUCUCUGGAUCAUCAAGGUAUCACGUUCAAGGCGGCGGACAAGAAGGCAAUCACAACCAAGGCGUUCAUGAACCAGAUCGAGACUGCAAGGGACGAGCAAAUGGCGAAACGUGCCGCCCUUAUCGACCCAAUGUUCGCUCGCACACGACCACGACACCAACUCGAAUACGUUAUUGAUGACAUGCCGGUACUUCAGGAUGCUCUCAAACUCACUUGUUCAUUCUUGGACCGGACUCAAGGUCAGAUUUCUCUCACCGACCGUCGGCGAAUCGAGUCCUUCCUACGUUCGUUCGUUCCACUCUUCUUCAUGAUCGACCCUAUUGCCUUCAAUGCCAGUUUCGUCCCCAAGCAUGAAUCCAUCGAAAGUGAAGCCAGUGAGGGCGACAGUGUAAUGGAUGAUACGGAAGUUACUAGCAACUCCAGCGCGAGAGGCGGUCGUAGCAAGAAGGGUGGCAUAGGAUCUGCUGGUGACCUUCGGAAGAAGUUGCUGAAGAGCGAGCAAGCUAAGUCGAGCAGGAGGACUCGUGCUCAAUCAGCGGCUUCGCCGGCCUCCUCUCGUCCACCAUCACCUCCCACUGACUCUACGCACGCCGAUCGAGAAGAACUCAUUCCUCUUAAUGGUGAAGCCAGAUCGGGUCCGACUAGCCCUGUUGAACAGAGACCUACGCGGAAAGGAACGUUCUAUACCAACACGCAGUUCUAUGUGCUCUUGCGUCUCUUGGAGAUUUUGUACAAUCGUCUACAUCUUUUCAAGAGCAUUGCUACCCAAUUAGCAAAUGCUCCACCAGGGCCAAGUCCAGUUGCGGAGGGUGUCGGCCUGUUAAUUGAUCUCGCGAAGCUGAACGACAAGGCCAAGAGUGCUGCUCAUUUCUAUGAUUUCUUUUUGGAGUCGUGCGAGAAGCUCUUCGAUAAUGAGAUUGAGCAAGCUGUCUUUGAAGAACAGACGAGACACAUGUUUGGUGUCAAGCAUGGAUACAAGGCCUUCACGAUCGAUAAGCUCAUUGGAGCGUUGAUCAAGCAAGUGCAGAUGGUUCUGUCGGAUGCUAGGAGCCAGGAGCUUUUCGAUCUCCUCCGUCGGGAAAGGGACAUUCCGGCGCUGACCUCCCAGGAUCUCAUCAACGCCCGAAAGAACACUGAAAAGGUACUCGGUCCUGACGAGAACUUGUUUAGGAUUGACUGGGUGAGUUUGAGGAAAACUUGCGAUGUUAUGUGGGACAUUACUUACUCGAGACGUCAGUUACCCGAGUUGAAGACCGUCACGAUGCAACUCAUCGGAAAAGACGACUCGAGUUUCGAUGACUCGGAGGUCUUGACUGGUCGUUGGCAAGCCUACAUUGAUUCAUAUGUCUCGGUAUGUGCCGUGGUUAAUUAUUUUUGGACACGCUGGCUGACGUUGUUUAUAGCCUGAACCAACCGUUGGGGUACCUUCUUCCGCUGCGAGGCGGAAGCCAUUCUUGCGCCGAACAGUAACUCCUACUCUAGAUGGCGGUGAACCGAUGGUGGUGGCCCAUAGCGACUUGGCUCUGCGUGUUUGCGUGCGUACGUAUAGGCUCUUCUACGUGUCCAACACAGAAGAGUUCUUGUUCCGCCUGUCGUCUCGAGAGGAGCGCCAACGUGCAAAGGAUGCUCUUGAAUCGCGAAAUAUACGACGACAGGCUUGGCUCGACAAACUGACUCCUCCACCUGAGACGAAAGAAGAGUCUGAGCCUUCAGCGGCGCUGGCAGAGAAGUCAUAACAGGGUCUCUUAGAGUUUGACGUUAUAUUUCUAGCUGUGUUUUAUUCGUCUUGUUCUACUGUGUAAGCUAUUGUAUCCCUUAAUCCAUCUGGUUUCUGCUUUCAUCUCGAGCAUCGC